GAUAUCCAGUGGCGCCCACCCGUAGGCUACGAUAUACUGAGAAUAAAAUGGCGGACACGGAAGAAAAGCUAAGUUGAGUACUCCAUAUGGAUUAUCUUCGAAUUAGGCAUUUUGAGGCAUCAGCUCUAAGAAAAAUGUCACAAGUCCUCACUGACAGAGUGGUUAGCUUGCAAGCCUGAGGAGGCGUGAGCCACAAGUUUGAAUUCAGAUGCUGAAGCCAAGAGAACGCUAAUGCAUCCAUUUAAACAUUCACUUAAAAAAAAGACUAUCAUCAUAAUGGUGGUAUACGGAAGUUGAAGUAAAAUGCCUAGUCGAAUAGUAUGUUUUGUUUGUGGAAGUCUGGGUGGAGAGUACCAGCUCCGCAGCAGGCCUCAUGAAGGUCAUGCUUAUUUCCCUUUUUUAGAGCAUCAUGAUCCACCAAAAGGUAGUCGAAUUCCAGGACCUGACGGCAUAGUCGAUAGCUGUAGGGUGUGCUAUGCUUUUCUUACACAGCAGUGGGAGACUUAUGAGCGCACAAAUACACCAGCAUUAAAAAGGCUUUACUGGCUUAAGAGGCUGGAUGAUGGUCAGUUUACCGGGGCAGAAAUGAAACUUCAGGGGGAGUAUAUGGCUCAGGUGAUGGGACUGCAGUAUCAACCUUCAUGUGGUGACGGCUGCACUCCAUUAUCACCAGAUUCUAGGGAUGAGUUUAGUACAGGUCAGAGAGAGCCUGAUUACACACAUGUCAAAAAGCAAGAUGUUGAUGAAGGUGCCCUAGAUUUAUCAGUUCCAGUCAAAACAGAACCAAAGGUGAAAAGUAAGAAAUCAGGUCAUGAAAUGUCUGAGGUGUCUACUUCAAGAGCAAGUAUAGAUCAUUUGAGUUUUAUAUGCUAUACUUGUGGAAAUGAUAGUCAGGGAAUAGCAGCCAAACUGAUUUCAAGCAUAUACCAUGUAGCCAAUAAACCAUAUUUCCCUUUUUUGACUAAAGUUACCCCUCCAAGAGGAGCCACCCCUUUGAAUGAACAAGGUGUCUGCCAAGUGUGUGAUCAUUGCUUUUCCUCUUUGUGUCACCAGUGGUUAACCUAUGAGCAACAAGGUACUCCAAAUGGAGCCAGAAUAUUUAAAGUUAAUGGAGUUUUCUUCAGUAAUGAUUCUAGCAUUGUUGCUGGCAGGGACACCAAAUCCAGUGUGAAGGAUGUGUGCUAUUUAUGCAGUCAGGCUUGGCCUUCUUCGAAAAUGUGUCCUCUUUACACUGCCCCUAUCAGUGGCAGGAAAGAUCACAUGUACUUUCCAUUUAUUAGAGAGUUACGUCGGCCAAAUGGAGCCCAUCCGUUGAACCCAGAUGGGUCAGUCCAAGUGUGUUUGAGUUGCUACAGCAAUUUACAGUUGCAGUGGCGUCACUUUGAAUCUGAAAAAGUGCCAUAUCUACAUCGGAGAUAUUCCCUCCUGCCACCUUCUACAUCUGCAGCUGUUUCACAAAGUGUUACAUUAGAUUCUGAUUUGAAGCUUAGAAAUCAUGGCUUGGAAGAUGUUUUAAAGCAUAGUGCAAUUUCAUUGACUAAAGACACUAGAAAAAGUCCAGGUUUGUUAAAGACAUUCACCAAUUCUACAGUGAUGGCUAACAGCACUUCAAAACAUGAACAUGCUAAGCCCUACAACAAUGAAGUCAAAUUGCCAUCAACCAAUCCUAGCCUCAGCAUACCUCACCCCCUUCAGCAGGCUGGGGAAAGACCUAAAAAAGUUUGUUUUGUGUGUGGUGAAAAGUGUCUAGUGACAAAGGCUCAACUGCUUCACAUCUACCCUCCAAGAUCUGAGGGGAAAUCUUAUGGUGUGUUAGAACCAUUCUUUCCAUUUUUAGCUAACUAUGAGCCAGCCCCUGGGUCAGAACCACCCAGUGAGGAAGGCAUUGUGAUAUCCUGUUCAUACUGCUAUUACAGUUUGCUCAACCAGUGGAAAGACUUUGAAGAGCUCAGAAUGCCUUCUGAUGGGGAUCGAUUUAAGCGCAAGUACAGAUUACAUGAUUUUGUUUGUUUUGUAUGUGGCAUGACUGUACCUAGGAAGAAACUCAGGACAUUAGAAGUUCAAAAGUUUCUUUUUUUACGUGAGCAUAAAGCCCCAUCCAAUGCUUUGGUAAUGUGGGGUGGCCAUGGUGUAGGAGCCUGCAGUUCUUGUCAUUUUAGCCUUACUCAUCAGUACGCAGAGUUUGAGAGACUGGGUUUACCCAUAGAGCUGCGUAAAUAUAAUUGGACUGUACAACAUCAUCCAGACGAAAACAAAGAAACACACAAUAAUCUGCAAAGACAGGAAGAGACUUCAGCAAAUAGUGAUGAAAACUUUGUAACAGAGGGGACAGAAUCAUAUCCAAGCUUGUCUAGCAGUGGGAAACUGACGUUGAGUACAUACAGUGCCAGUGGUACCAGACUGCCCAUGACUGCCCCACCCUCCACAUUUCACUCCCCUAACAGCACGGGUAACUCCUACCUGUCCAGUUUUUCUGCUGCCUUACGUAAGCUGGCUUAUCAAACCAAAGAUUUGUCAGAUGAUUCCCCAGCCAAACACAGCAUGUCUCCAUCAUCACAUACCAGCUCCAGAUCAGCUACACCAAAAAGGUCACACUCCUUGGCAUUUUCUUCUAAGCCUAAUCAAUUAUCUGCCUCCAAUCAAACACAGAACAGCCUAGAAAGUCAUAGGAGGUCUGUAGAUAGAACACAGACCAACAACAUGGACUCACCUCAUGACCAUGGAGGUAGAUCUGUCAUAGAGCAACAUCUUGCAAGUCAUGACUUCAGUCAAGGAAGGGAUACCAGGGAAGAGCUUCGGAGGGAUUCCAGGGAUGAGAUUCGAAGGGAUUCUAGGGAUAGUUCCAGGUUAACUGGAAGAGAAUCCAGAGAAAUAGAACGAAACGCCCAUUUAGCUGCAGCUCAAGUGAGGAUAGCUAACAGUGAACUCUAUGCUCGAGACUUCCCUGGUUAUCUAACGGAAGAGGAAGCUGCCAGCAUUGGAUUGGCUAUACCUCUGCGCAUUGACCCAGCUGCUUACAUGGCAGCAUAUCAUCCAUUCUACCUUCAACAGCAGGCCAUGGUUGCACAGAGUCCUUUCAGGUUAGAUGAUCCCAUGCUGUUAGAGCAAUACAGAAUGUUCCAGUCCUCUUUUUUACCAUUUCCUGGUGGUGCCUACCUUCCUGGUCCCCCCAGACCUGUGGACAUGCACUCAAUGCUUGCUGCUGCUCAACAUUAUCCCUUGGAACUGCUGCAGCAACAGUAUGCUUAUAUUAAUUCUAGUCAUCCAUUGCUGCAUUCAAGGUUUGGUACUCAGGCCAACCUCUUAGACAGAAACUGCUUAGCAGAGGAGAAAUCUCACCUUUUAUCUGAGAGACAUAAAGAACAUGAACGUUUGCUAGAUUGGGAGGUCAAACAUGAACCUGGCUUUAGUCCAGAUCGAGAUUACAAAAAGUUGAAAGACUCUGAAAUCUUUGCUCAAGAUCGUCAUAAGGAAAAACCUGAUUAUCCAUCUCAUCGACCAGAAAGCACUACAAGUCAUCUGGUUGGUGAAAGUAGUGUGGUACAUGGCAACUUUAGUUCUGUAGCUGACAAACAGAGCCACACAAGAGGUUUUCAUUCUUCUGAUUUCAAACCUAGUCCCAAGCUUGAUUUCAGGGAGUCUACUUUAGAGAGGUCGCCUCACCACAAUUUUACUGUCUCUCCAAACAAAACCAGCCAGUCCUUUAGUGUUCCACUUUCACAUGAUGACUAUUUAAAACUUCAUUUAAGUAAGAGCUCCAGCUCUACUUCUGUUGAUAGAGAUAAUCACAGUCCUUCCAAGGUAAUGAAACUGUCACCAAGCUCACAAACUGUUAGUUCACAAGAUCUGCUUCAAGAUAACCUGCAGUCACAUCCACUUUUACAUCAGCAGCAUCCUACUCUACCUUCAUCAGCACACACAGCUUCUAGUUUGAACUCCUCCAACAAUCACAUCAAAAAUCCCAGGUGUAGCUCUGGGGCGAAAACUCUGUUCAGGCCUUUUGAUGAUUGCCAAACUUCUGAAUCUCCAACAGAGACUGAUCUUGUUAAGCAUCCAGAAAGUGAUUUUCUGUCAUCUGCCAAUCAUUCUCUUGUUUAUUCACAAACACCUACUGCUUUGGAUAACCAUACAGCUAUUUUAUCCAUUCCUACUGUAAAACCCUUUUCUAAGUCAUCGCAGCCCAGCACUGACAGCACAGCUUUUCUUCAGUCCUCGGAAAAAAUUAAUCCUCUGCAUGUAACCAAUGUUAUGCCAAGCCCCAAUAAACUUGACCGAUUGUCUUACUAUGUUCAAGACAAAGUGGAAAGAUUUGAUUUUAAAAGUCUUGCUCGUGAAUGCAGUGCAUCCUCUGCUAAUUGUGACCCAGCUGAGACUAUUUCUUCAGACAAGUUUCUUUCUAAGGCUGACUCACAAAGAGAGCUUCUUAGUAAGCUAGAUCAUGAACAGCAAAGAUUAAAAAAACUGAGAAAAACCAACAGCUCAGAUGUUGAGGAUUUGGAGGAAAGGAACUUGGUUAGAUUGACUAUGAUAGAAAGAGCAACUCCAAUACCUCUAGAAGCACCAAAGAAUAAGUUGGAGCUUUUGGAGUACUUAGGAAUUACAACCUGGGCAAAAAAAAAAGAACUUCAGCUGGAAAAAGAAGUAAGAAGGAGGCAACACUUGAGGCUGCCCAGCGUCAGCCCCAUCCAUUGUGAAUCUGAGAGUACUCCAGAGUUCACCAUUAGGCAAGAACACCCACUGGUGUUAUCUCAGCCCAGCAAUUCUAAGCUACCUUCACAACCUGAAAAAUCAAAGUUUCUCUGUGACUUGGGUCUAGUACCAUUCCCUGAAAAUGAUAAAUCUGUUUCCUCAACAGAUGGGUUGUAUGUAUGGCCAGGUGUUGAAACUGUUAUCGACUCCUACCACAAGCAUAAUGAAGAUGUUACAGAACAGCAUCAAGAGGUACACUUACUGCGUGAGCGUUCUCAGCAAUUGAAAGCAGAAAACGAAAGGCUGGCACAAGUUUCUGAAGCACAUAACCAACAUAUGGCUAUGUUAUUGCUAGAACAUCAGAGGAUGGAACAGACAAGAAUUCAUUGCCUCUUUGCCAUUGACUUUCUGAAGAAGUCCUGCCAGAACUUGAAGAAGCCUUAGAUGAUGCUCAAUGAAACCCCAACCCACUGGAUGUCACCAUUUGUCCUAAGCUUAUCUACUUGACAUUUAGUUUGUAUAUUAUCAGCUGUCUGCUACACUGGGUGGCCAGUUUUUUUCUUUCUUGAACUUAUAAUGUCAUAAUUGUGGGUUGUUUUAUCUUAAUUAUGAAUGUGAUGAUUAUUAUUAACAACAAUCUUAUACGUUGACACCUUUAUAAGGUGCUUGAUAUGUGUUUGUAUAUAAUGUUUGAAAGUUGUAGUUGUGACUGGCUUGUAAGUGCUUUAAACAAUUGAUGUUCCUGGAAAAGAUGUUUACAAAGAAAACUGCUUAGUGCCAUAUAUACUAUAUAUAUAUAUAUAUAAAAACCCAUUAACAUCAUUGAUGGCAUCAUUGAUUGAUUUAAUCUGCCAACAAAUUGAACAUGUUGGAAAGAUUUAAUGAAGUCUUGGAUUUAGAGACAUUGCCACACUGGUAUUCCAGGUAUGUAAUGAGUUUUGAAGUGCUCUAUAACCAAGAAGCUUGUUCAACAAUGUUUGUCAGUAUUUACAAAGUAUUUUUUUUGUAUUAGGAAAUCAGAUCAUUUUAAACCAAAAUAAAAAUGUUGCAUUUGUCUAUAAUGUUGAAUCUAAUGACAACUGUACCAAGGAUAUAUUGAAAAAAACAUUUAUCUGUGAAGCCAGUUUAUGCUUCAACCAUGAUGUACUUUGACAUGAUUUAAGCUAACAACUUUCUUUGGCUAUGCAUAAAAAUCAUUUUAUGUAAUCACUUAUUGUUGCUGAUUACUGCUCAGUAGUAUAUAUUAACUCAUCUAUUUAGGCUUAAAUCAGACUUCAUUUAAUACAAAACUAUUUUGCAGCGCCAACCUUAGGCCACUGCAACCUAUGUGACCUCAGUGGGCCCAGCACUUUUAUAGGACCCGCACUAAUUUUAGGUGUAUAAAUUAUUAAAUUAAACCAUUUUAUAACUUAUAACAGAUUUCCCGCUGCCUCCUGUCAGGCGGUCCUGGAAAUCUCCUGAAAUUGCAAAAUAUACGAAAAAGUCCUGGAAAUAUCCGGAAAUUAUUAAAAUCUUUUGAAAACUCAUACAAAUCUCCUGAAAUAUACAGACGAAAAUGAUCUUUUUUUCGCUCUUAUAUUACCUAGGAUAACUCCCUCCUUCCGAGUUGCAAAAAUAAAAGAGUGAUCUUUCCAUUGUGUCCAAACUUUUGAGCGUGCUCUGUCGCUUCGAUAGUUACUACAGAGUACAUUACUUCCCCCCCCCCCCUUUUUUAACGUGAGGUAGAAAUUAAAAAAAAAGAGUGAU